AUGCUUCUUCGCGUCAUUCGUUUCGCCUGGUUGCUGGCCACAAGUGUGCGCAGUGCACUCGUCCCAUUGUCACAAACCCUGGGCUGCCAUGCCGCGUCGCCGCUCAGCGUCACGAUCGAGUCGACGUCGUACUCGACGCCGUUCAUGUCGCUCCGGUUCUCUUCGUUUUACUUGGCCCCGCACGACCACCUUGUCGUUCGCCCGUCCGAUCCCGACUCGACAAUUCCACCCGUCUACUUUUAUCCAAACCAAACGUUCCACAGCACGUAUGGGCUCGACGCGCCGCCGAUGGCCACCACACGAGUGGUUGCGACCCUUGUCGUCGCUCGUCCAAACUCGUUGGCCACCCAAUCUUGCGUCCACAUCAGUGGGUACACGGCCGAGCUCGAACGCCCUCAAGCCAGCGAAGCCAUCUGUGGCGUUGAUCGAACGCAAGAAGCUGCGUGCUACAAGCUGUCGGCGCCAUCCAUGUUUGCCAAAUCCAAUGCCGUUGCACGCCUGGUCAUCAACAGAGACGGCAACCUGACGGGGUGCACGGGCUGGCUGCUUGGAUCGGAAGGACAUCUUGUCACCAACAACCAUUGCAUCGACGAAGCGAGGCAACUCGUCGGCAUUCGCAUCGAGUUCCUGGCCCAAACCGACAAGUGCCCCCAGAGUUUUCUCGAAAAGAGCUGCAUGCGCCAACUCGCGUGUACAGGAGAGCAGUGGCGCGGCUCGACGACGUUUGUGUACACCAACAAAGCGCUCGAUUACACGUUGAUUCAACUCACUUCGACGACCGGCCCCAACGUGGCGACCAAGUACGGGUUUCUUCGACUGCGCGCGACUGGCCCACAAGUCGGCGAGCCCAUUUACAUUGUUCAGCACCCUCAGGCAUGGGGCAAGCGCAUCUCGGAUAAAACGGCAACUGGCCGCGCCACCGUGGCCGGGCUCAACCUGUUGGAGGCCGAAUAUUUCCUCGAUACACAAGCAAUGUCGAGCGGGUCGCCCGUCGUGGGCGUUGAGGACGACGCCGUUGUGGCGCUCCACCACGCAGCGUACUCGACGUGCCCGAACCUCGGUGUACGAAGUGACGUGAUUGUAGCCGACCUGCAGGCGCAGACUUUCGUGCCCCAGAACGGUGUGCUCUGGUCUCGUAACCCUGCCUAG